GUGGCUCUCCUAGUUAUUGAAACACAGUGCAAAAAUGAUACUGAAGCUCUAAUAACAUCCAAUAGGAGAAUCAUUUCCAAGAGGGAUGUUUACUGCCAGGAGGAUGAAUACAAUUUAGAUACUCAGUGUUGCAAGAAAUGUAGAAGUGGUUUUGUUAAAAAUGUCUCCUGCCCAACAGAUGUUACCAAACACUGUGCUCCAUGUCAGAAAGGAAAGGAAUUCAUGGAUCACCCCAAUGACUUAGACGAGUGUUUUAGAUGCAAAUGGUGUGACAGCCACUUUGGGCUGGAGUUUGUGAAGAACUGUACCCCAGAAGAGGACGCGCAGUGUGCCUGUGCAAAGAACCAUUUCUGCAGUCCUACAGGAUGUGACACUUGCUUUCCAUGUACCAUAUGUGAAAGCGGUGUAAUUGAAGAGCAAUGUACUGCAGCUUCAGACACUGUGUGUGGAACCAAAGUUCCAACAGAUCCAGCAACGCUGGGGUUGAUCAUUGCUGGGGUAGUGCUACUAUCAAUACUAUCAAUAAUAGCUGGAGCGAUAGUCUGGUACAAGAGAAGAAAACAGAAGGAUCUUAUAAUCAAUUAUCCAGGUAAUGGAGUUUACGAAGGAGAGCAUGUGGAUAUACCUCUUAUAGUUGAAGAUGUUGACCUGAGCAGAUACAUUCCUGGCAUUGUGGCAGAGAUGACACUCAAAGAAGUCAAGACAUUUGUUCGUCACCGCAAUGUAUCAGAACCUGACAUAGACCAAAGCAUUCAGGAUUUUCCUGGUGAUACAUCUGAACAGAAGAUUAGGCUGUUUCGAGUCUGGUAUCAAAGUCAUGGGAUGAAGGGAGCCUAUGAAACCCUAAUAAGGAGCCUGAGAGAGUUAAAAAUGUGUGCUGUAGCUGAUAAAAUUGAGAAAAAACUGAAGACAGCUAUUUCUAGCUCUCAGGAAGGGGGGCAGUCUUGUAAUCCUGACACUGAGCAAAGCUUUCAGGAGGGUGGAAACCCUUACAGUGAGAGUGCUGAGCUAAGUAAAGCCUCUACUGCUAGUUUGGAAGAGACUUUGCACAGAGUAACUUGAAAUUUAUUUCUGAAUGAGUAUUUCUCUAAUGUAAACAGCAAAGUUUUAAAAUUACAUUUUCACUGGCAGUUCUGAUUGAACUCAAGUAAGUUAUUACAUGUAAAAGGAAUAAUUGCAAAUUUUGCAGCAAUAUCUUUCCUUUAAAAAAAGUUCUAGCCUUUUUUGGUUGUUAAGGACUUGAAGUUUUAUGACUUGUUUGCUAAAAGGUGCAAUAUAAGACUCCAGCUAUAAGAGUCAUUACAAGAGGAAAGAAGUUAUAAUUUGAAGAAAAGGAAUUGUUUAAAUGCAUUGUCCUGCAUUAUUUAAUCAGUGUAACAUUCUAUAUACAUUAAAAAUGCAGGCUGUUCCUUUU